GUCUCGCGUCGCUAGUUGCCGCACACCAUCCGCCGUGCCUGCGCGGUUUCACUUUCCUCGCCAUUUCGUGCGUUCGUAACUUGUGCGAAGUUAUUCAAUACUGUGAAGUGAGUUUUUAAGUUUAUUCGGGACUUAAAUAGGGGUAACCAUGCCAUCACAGGUGAACGAAUGGUACCGCGGGCGCACUUUAUUCGUAACCGGCGCAUGCGGCUUGAUGGGCAAGGUGCUCAUCGAGAAGCUUCUAUACAGCGUGCCUGAUGUCGGCACAGUCUACGCCCUAGUCCGCUCCAAGAGGGGCAAGACGCCUGAAGCCAGGAUCGAGGAUAUGUGGAAACUGCCUCUGUUCGCAAGAAUAAGGGAGGAGAAACCACAUGUGAUGAAGAAGCUGGUCCCGGUUGUGGGAGACAUCGCCUACGAUAACCUCGGCAUCGAAGACAAGAUGCUGGAGAAACUCUAUGCAGAGGUAUCCGUGGUCUUCCAUUUCGCAGCCAGUCUCCGGCUGGAGGCUCCUCUGAAGGAAGGUCUGGAGAUGAACACUCGCGGCACCCUGCGAGUGCUACACGUGGCCAGUCGUAUGAAGAACAUUGCUGCUUUCCUCCACUUGUCCACCGCCUUCUGCUACCCGGACUAUGAGAGGAUGGCUGAAAGGGUACACGACCCUCCAGCGGACCCUCACAAAGUGAUGCGCGCAGCUGGUUGGCUGACAGACAAGCAGAUGGCGCUGCUAGCUCCCUCCAUCAUGGGCAAACACCCCAACUCUUAUACCUACUCCAAAAGACUGGCUGAAGCGCUGGUUCGGGAGUACUAUCCUCGACUGCCCGCUGCCGUCGUCAGGCCUAGUAUCGUGACCCCGUCAUACAAAGAGCCGACUCCGGGCUGGGUGGACAACCUGAACGGCCCCAUCGGCCUGAUGGUGGGCGCGGGCAAGGGCGUCAUCAGAUCCAUGCACUGCUACGGACACUACCACGCCGAAGUCAUCCCUGUCGACCUUGCCAUCAACGCUAUCAUCGUCAUCGCUCAUCGGAUUGGGACCAUGACGGAACGCCCGCCAGAAAUCCCAGUCUACAACAUAACCUCAGGAGACGACAAGAACACGACGUGGAAAGAUGUCUUGGACAUCGGCAAGGCAACGGUCAGGAAGUACCCAUUCGAAGGGCCCUUGUGGUACCCCGACGGGAAUAUACGACACAACAAGUUCAUUCAUGACCUCUGUGUGUUCUUCUACCACAUUGUGCCGGCGUAUCUGAUUGACUUUCUCAUGUUCGUGUUUAGGCAGAAGCGUUUCAUGGUCCGCAUCCAAAACAGGAUCACCGUAGGCCUGGAAGUUCUCCAAUAUUUCACGACUCGCGAGUGGUGGUUCGACACACACAACUUCAAGGGUCUACCAGCGACCCUGAAUGCUGAAGACUUCAAGACCUUCCCGAUGGAUGUGACUGUCAUUCAAGAUGUUCCGUACAUCGAGAGCUGUAUGAUCGGCGGGAAACUGUACUGCCUGAAGGAGAAGCUUGAGGAUCUACCUAAGGCGAGACUUCAGAAUAAUAUCCUGUACGUGCUAGACAGGAUCGUCACAAUUUUCUUCUACCUCCUGCUGGUCUACUGGAUCGUGUCAUACUUCGAGCCUGCGCGGGAGUUGCUCUCCUACGGCGGGCCCGUCGUCAGAUACCUGCCUUUAGUCGGCAAAGCCGUGUUUAAAGACGAAUAUUUGUAGGUACUUUAAUACUCGGUACUUACUGUGUUAUUUGUGGCUUUAAAACGAAACAAUAAAUAAAUUAAUGUAAUUAUAAACAUUGUAUACAGACAAUAAGGUAUGAAUUAUGUUACUAAGUAUAGGCUUUCUGAAAUAACCCGAGAUGAGUCCGACGCCUUGUCGGUGUAGCAUUCUUCAUUAUUGUCUAGCAAAGGUCAAUUAUUUCACUUCCUUAUAAGACACGACGUUCACCUUCUCUUUAAUCUGUUCCAUGUAAGCUCUUCUUGGUCUUCCCCUUCCUCUCUUUCUUGUAGCUUCCCUUCUAUGAUGUUUGUAAUAAAUUCGUCGUGUCUUAUUAAGUGUCCAAUCAUCGGCCUCUUCUGUCCUCAAUAACUCACAAUAUUUGCCUCUUUUCCGUUACUCUUACUAGCACUUCCUCAUUAGUAACCCUUUCAGUCCAACUUAUUCUUUCCAUCCUUCUUCAACACCACAUUUCAAAGGCAUCUUCUCUCUGUCUUUCUGUGUCUGUCCAAGUUUCACAUCCAUAGAGGGCUAUGCUCCAUACGAAUGUUUUGAUGCAUCGUUUUCUGAUUGGUUUGGCUAUCUUAGCCUUGAAUAUAGUACGGUCAUGAGCAUUAAUAUGUAUACACUUUGGUACCAUGUCACAUUAACGUUUUUGACAAAUUGAACUGUAAGUCUCACUAAAUGUCAAAUAUAUAAGUGCGACAGAGUCCUAAAGUGGGUACAUUAUAUUGCUCAUGACUGUACCCCUUGUUAUGGAUGGCUUGUUUUGCCAUUGCUAAUCCGGUUUUAAGGUCUAAAGUACAUACCGGAUUCUUAUAAUAUUAAAAUAAUUAGUAAUAAAGAACUUUCCAAUCGACGUUCCCGAAACACACGAUAGAUGGCAUUGUUCACUUUUAACGGUAUAAUUACCUAUUUUCUCAUUGCUGGGGUACAUAAUUAUUCAAAAAUGUAAUGUAAUAGCAGAAGCAUAUAUAAAACUAAUUGUUGCUUGAUAUUUGGAUCACAUUAUGUAUAAAAUGAUGUUGCUACCUAUAUUGCUUCUCUUUAUUUUGAUCAGAAUAACAAUGGGUAGAAGUUGUAAUUGUACCUUGGUGUAAUAAAAAAGGGUCAUCAUUUAUACCCCAAAAACAAAGAUAAAAGAUGCAUUAUGUCUGUUAUCCAUGAAAUUUGAAGUUUAAACGAAGAAAAAGCUUAACAACGCCAUCUAUCGUGUUUUAGGGAACGCCGAUUGGAAAGUCCUUCACUAUAAUAUUAGGAGAUAAUUCAAGUCUAAUUAUGUAAUCAAGUUCAUACCAACAGUAAUGUCCAAAUAUUUUUAUUGGUACUACUUAUAAGGAUAAAUCUGUAUAUAAAAUGUAAUGUUGUACUAUUAAUAAAUAAUAAAUUACAUUUGAUAA